AUGAACACCUCUACUCCUCAGUCAGGGGGUCGCCAGAAACCCUUGUCCCCGGAUGGAGAAUAUUUGUCUCCAGCUACUAGGCCGCAGCCAGUCAGUGCAGCAGGAACCCCCACUCUUCAGAAUUUCACCAGCAAUGAUGAUGAAUGGGAAAGAAAACAGAGGCGUCGCUCCAGGGUGAUUGAUCUACAGUUUAGUAAUGCUGAUUCUCCAGCAUCUACAAUCUCUCCUGCUCAGAGUAGAUCUGGUGAGGCCAACUCGCUACUCCUGCCUAAACUGUCAAAUACUCAGAUCUCAGACCAUUACUCCACCUGCAUCAAGUUGUCGCAAGAGAAUAGAAUAACCACAAAAAAUGCAUUUGGACUACAUCUGAUUGACUACAUGAGUGACAUUCUGAAGGAGAAAGGAAGUGAACUUACAAACUUCAAGGUUGCUGCUGGGACACUGGAUGCCAGUGCCAAGAUCUAUGCUGUGCGAGUAGAUGCAGUGCAUGCAGAUGUGUACAAAGUAUUAGGAGGUCUUGGAAAGGAAUCCCAAGGACCAGAGCAAGCAGAGGUCCACGAAGCUGAUUCUAGUGCAGAGCCUCAAAAUACAAAACGUAAGAGGAGGCAACACUCUGUGAAUACGAUUGAACAGAAUUUGAACAACAUCACUCGCUCAGCAACAGACCGUGUUGAUCAGAUUGACCCUCUCUUUCAGAAAGCAGCUGCCUCAUUUGAUGAAUGCAGUACAGUAGGUGUUUUCCUAACUGCUCUGCGCUGUUCCAGUUAUCACAGUGAGCUGCACUUUGAUGAUUAUGUGAUACCACUGUCCACCAUCCAAGAGGAACAGGCUCCAACUUCAACAUCUGUUGACACAACUGAGCUGAAAGCUCUUCUGGAUCAGUGUGUGGAAAAACGUUCCUUAUGUCCUUCACUUGCAAAAUUUCGCCUAAUGCAGCUAGACAGCGAUGUCAAGGAAGAGAAUGUGUUGUCAUUAACGGAUAAAUACAAAGAGAGCGAUCAUGCCUUUGAUAUCAAUGCAGAGAUUGAGGAUGAUGGCCCUGAGCCUGCAGGUCCUGAGAUGGAUGAUUUUGAUGCAGAUCUGUGUGAUGGGAAUGAAGCAGUCGAUCUGGGAGAGUUUUCGGAGCAACGAGAAGCUUGCCGAUCAGUGAGAAAAGGGUUACAGAUUACUCAAAUCGCAGAUGCCGAUAUUGGUGCUAUGUGCCUGCAGCUGUCAUCUUGUCCCGGAGAGUAUUCAUACUUCAGUCCUCGCACUAUGUCCAUGUGGGCAGGCCCUGAACAUUGGCGUUUCCGGCCUCGGCAAAAAAUUGAGAAUAUUGGUGACAAACCGAAGAUCAAGAAGGCAAAGAAAGUGUUUGAACUGAACUUUGAAGAUGACAUUAAUUUUGAAUCUCACUUCUGUAAAACUAGGGCAGCUACAACACUUGCAAAAAGCACACUUGAGACACAAAAGAAAAAAGCCACAACACUGCCUGCUGAUUUCCAUUAUGAUCCAGACAACAUUGCAAGGAUGAGCUUAAGACCAGUGGACAGGAUCAAUAGGAUAGUUCCUGGAAAUUCUGUUUCUGAACAGGAAGAUGAGAUUGGAGAAUAUGACUACAACAAUCCCAAUGACACUUCAAACUUCUGCCCAGCUUUGCAGCUUGCAGACAGCGAUGAUGAUGAUGGUCCUUUUGUGGGAGCCACAGAUGAAUGUGCAGAAUUUCCCAUACAGAAUGGAAUAGAUGAGAAGAGGGUAGGCUUUGAUGGGGAACACACUUUAAUUGCAGAACCACAGAAGGUGAACAAAAUAGAGAUAAACUAUGCCAAAACAGCCAAAAAGAUGGACAUGAAGCAUCUCAAAAUGAGCAUGUGGGGGCUGCUGGCGAAUACCCCAGAAAAAGCAGAGGAGUCAUUUAAGCCAAAUCAUACGCCUGAGGAUGCAGCUAUUAAGGAAGAGAGAAUUUUCAGCAGUAUCACAAAUGAUUUGCAGAAAAGGUUGCCCACUUUAAUGGCGCAGAAUCUAUCAGUACCACUGGCUUUUGCUUGCCUCUUGCAUCUAGCUAAUGAGAAGGUUAGUAAACAUAGCCAGCCUUGCUUAAGUAGGAAACUAUUAACACUGUUGAAGUCAUUGUAA